GAAGCCCUAGUGUUACUACUAGUAUACUUACUAGUACCGCUAUACAUAUUCUUGUUUGAAUGAAGAAAGGGAGGGACUUGUUCUUCCUCACCACUUGCAGAACACUUCACAAAACACCAAACUCAUCCAACUCUAACAUUCUCUCCAAUUCAAUAACCGCCGCAACAUUUCACGAAACGAUGCAAACUUCCGAUCACGAUUCUUCUUCCCAACGAUAUUCAUUCAACCCCACUCUCAACUGGAACCCUCAACUUCACAACUACUUCACCAAAGCUUAUGGCUCCGAUCGCUUCUCUCGCAUCUCCUCCGCUUUAACGCGACCUUCUCGUUACUCGUGUAUUCGCGUGAACACUCUUCGGUCUAAUAGUGAUGCUGUUAUUGAGAAGUUAAGUUUGCUCGUGAAGAAAUCGUCGAAUGCUGAUGAUUGUGAAGAUGGUGAUGAUGCGGUGAAUCCUUUGAAGGAGUGUUUGGAUUCUGAUUCUGAUUCUGAUUCUGGUCCAGUUUUCAAGUGUCGGAUUCCUGGACUGGAUUAUGUUGUGUUUGUUUGGGGUUCGGGACCGCACCGUGUUGAUUACGGUAAUGUAGCUCCUAAGGAGGUUAUCGUUAGUAGGAAAUGUGCUGAAGCAGUUCUUAGGGGAGCUCAGGUAUAUGUUCCUGGUAUACUGGCAUGCAGUGCUCAUGUGGAGAAAGGAGAUACAAUUGCCGUUUCUGUUUCUGUAGAGCAGAAGGGUUCAGAUGGGAGUUGGAGUGCUGGAAUGACGCGUGGUAUUGUUCUUCAAGGAUCUGAGACAGAUCCAUAUUAUAUUGAACGAAAUGGGCUAUAUAUUGGCCAAGGAACUGCAAUGUUGUCAAGGGCUGGAAUGUUCCGUGUUACUCAAGGACUUGGUGUGGAUAUGAAGGAUAGAGUAUAUGAACUUCAUUCUUUUUACAAUGUGCUUGAGGGUGAAAUAUUUCUUCAAAACCUGCCAAGCAUUAUUGCUGCUCAUGCUUUAGAUCCACAAAUGGGUGAGCGGAUACUAGAUAUGUGUGCUGCUCCAGGAGGGAAAACAACUGCAAUUGCAAUACUUAUGAAGGAUAAAGGAGAGGUCAUUGCAACUGAUAGAUCUCAUAACAAGGUUCUGGAUAUUCAUAAACUGGCAGCUGAAUUGGGGUUGAGUUGCAUAAAAGCAUUUAAGUUAGAUGCCCUUAAAUCUGUUUCUCGAAGAAAUGAUAAUGAUACUUUUAUUGAUGCAUGCCAUAAUAAUGCCACCAAUGAUGUGAAAAAUCAAGUGCCUUCAAAUUUGCAAGUAGAAAGAAUCUCACCUCUUGUUACCCAAAGUUUUAAAACUGAGACUUUGGAAGAAAAUGGUAAAGGUAACAAGGCACAUGAAGGAGCUUAUCCUAGCAAAGCUGAGAUCAGAAAGAGCAUGAGAAAAGCCCGAAAUGGACCUGGUAGACAUCAGAGUGGGGGUGGCAGGGUUGAUAGUUCAAAAGGUUUUGAUCCUGACAGUUUUGAUAGAGUUCUUCUUGAUGCUCCCUGUUCUGCCCUAGGUUUAAGACCUCGGUUAUUUGCUGGAGAGGACACAAUUGAAUCUUUAAGAAGCCAUGCAAAAUACCAGAGAAGGAUGUUUGACCAGGCUGUCCAGUUGGUUCGACCUGGUGGGGUAAUAGUCUAUUCCACUUGUACUAUUAAUCCUGGUGAGAAUGAAGCAUUAGUUCGAUAUGCUUUGGAUAAAUACAAAUACCUGUCGUUGGCACCACAGCACCCAAAAAUUGGAGGGCCUGGUCUUGUUGGUAACUGCGAGUUUCCUGAUGGAUAUGUAGAUGAAUGGUUACGACCUGGUGAGGAAAACCUUGUUCAGAGAUUCGACCCAUCAUCUCCCCUUGAUACAAUUGGAUUCUUCAUUGCAAAGUUUGCUGUUGGGUCUAAAGAUACCUGACAGCUAUGUCCAAGAUAUAGCUUAGAUCCAUGUUUGUUUUGUGAAUUUCCACUGCAGGAAGCCAUCCUAGUUUUUAAAAUUGGCUUCUGACUACAGUCUCCGGAGCUUCACAUGUGUCCAUUCGGUAAUUUAUUAACGGUGCAUUGGAAAAUUAUGAUUAAAUAACUGAUUUCUUUCAUUGUUAUAAUCUGGAUGAGCAUCAAUUUUCUUAUCGUUGAGGUAAUUUAGUUGUAACUUUGACUUUUACCUUGGUUGUAAGGAAAAAGGAGAAAGAUUGUUGAAAAUAGUUUUGGUUAGACUGAGUCUAGUUCUAAAAUGUUAGGAUUUUGGUGAAGUUAUUAAUUGUAGCCUUUUACCUCUGUACGCAUGUAUUGUCAUUUUUAAACCUUGUGCAUCAUUAUAUUAAUAAGUAGUUUCACUA